AUGAGUGUGUUGGUGUGUGCACAUGUGCGUCUGUGUGAAGUGUUGCCUCGUCGGCUACGAAGCCAUCUGUUCCCAUCUCUUUCGGCAAACCGGCGAGACGGCUCGAGAGGCGGGGCAGAUCAGAUAACUCGGCCGGCUUCGGACUGGGUAUCAUUAAUCGCCCAUUUUUUACGUCUUCAUUUCACUUUGAAUCACCAUCCUCCAUCCCAGCAGGCUAGUCAACCCUCGGCAUUCAACUCUGCCCCACCCCGCUUUUCUGUAGGUGGAACCUCUCGCCUCACCACACCCUCGGUCCAUUGGCCCAAGUCACUGUUUGCCCUUGUCCGGUCUUCAACGCAGUGGGCGACUUGUUCCGUCCACACACCCACUCUGCUACCCAGUCGGCCCCAGCGUCUGGCUCAUCGGACGCAUGGGAUUGAGGGAGAAAAGGAGGUGUGUUUCCUAGGCUCACAUGACUUGACUGCGUCUCCUCACGUCUGGGACCCUUUGCAUCGGCGCAAAACGCAAAAUGCAAAACGCAAAACGGUCAUUACUUCAAUUUUGCCGGUCCAGCCAAGCCAGUCGGUUUAUUUGGCCGGUGAAUUCGGUUUAUUCACGUUUAGUCACGUUAACUACAUUUGGCAGUACUCUUCUUUCGCCCCAUUGCCAGUUACACAACCUGACCUGGGCCAGAUCAAAUUGGCUUAUCUAUCCAGUCUAGUUUCUUUCUCUCUUAUCUAUCGGCCCAUCUAUCCACAUGUCUACCUCUACUACCUCCAUUUGUCUCUCCCUUUAUCUUUCAGUUCGCUUGUUCGUCAAGCUGUCUCUCCACUCAUCUCGUCAUCUACACUGGCACUGUCUUUUUUGCAGCCCAUCCUACCAUCUUUAUGUGUCUUUUUGGCUCUGCAUGCUGCGCUCUACUCAGUCCAGUUGACAUGUCUAGGCAUACACACGAUAACUCGUCAUUUGGUGGGGUUAAACUCUCCGAUUACACAAGGCUUUUCCAUUCCACUCCCACUUUUGAUGACUAUCUCUAUUGGCAUCUUCACUGCAGACUCGCUUCUCCUCAUUCUAAUCGGACGGAGAACUGUACGGGCCGCCUCGAGUACCACUGGCUGGGGUGCAUUUAUACCGGAACAAGCAGAAGCAGACUGCCUCAUCUUCGAGUUGUACACAGACAGAAACAGUCGUCACAACCGCACACAUUUAUUGGCAUACUCGAGGAACCUGACCUUGCUCCGCCUGAUGGCGAGGCGGAGCGGUAGAAUUGACCUUUUCGGGGCUGUCGUUCUUCGGUACCACUUUCGACAAGUCGUCUUCCGACCUGAGACAGCCUCGCGCCUCCGAGGCCGGCUGGCUCCAGCUCGAGCGACUUGCGGCUCGGUAGGGCCUCACGGCCGGAGAGUAGGAGGAGAACGGUAUGGAGGCAGGCUGGUGGGACCCGGAAGGUGGGAAGGGAGGGCAAACAGUGGAAAGGAGUCUGCGGCGGGUCACUCGGCUCCGAUGGCCGAUGCUCUCGACGCGAGGUUGUGCAUCCUCGUGAAGUCGUUUAACGCUUCGUCACACUCCUCGUCGGCGUUGAAACCGAAACGGGCGACAUUCAUUCGCUGUCGAGUGGAUUUUUAG